AUGGAGCACGGUGCUCGAGACAGACCACAUGCUGCCGAUAUUCUCCAACACAUCACCAUUUGUCUACAUUACUACGUGUCCAACAGCUGCCGCGACACUUCAGCUUGGUCCCAUAGGGUGACACCUCACGCACUCAAGUAUAUCACGCUCGCAUCACCCGUAGAAGCCACCGACGAAGAAAGUGAAAGCCGCAAAAUGGCGCCAAAGAAGAAACCAGAGUCCGAUCCUCACGGCAUGUUCUCUGGCAUGGUUGUGUUUUUGAUUCCCAAAGGAGUCCAAGCCCGUCGAUUCCAGAUUUGGAAGGAGAGGUUGGUGCGAAUGGGGGCGGUGAUAGAGGAGCGCCUCUCCAAACGGGUGACUCACGUUUUUGCUAUGAACUCGGAUGUCCUUCUUCAACAACUGGAUAGGGACCGUUUGUCACGUUUUAAAGGGAAGGAUAAUGUGUUUACUGUUAUAAGGUCAAUGUGGUCUCGGGUUGUAUGCAUCUUUCAAGGGUCAAAGUGGAUAUCUACUAAUGGUAGAGUUCUCCUUUAUCAAUGGUUAGAGGACUGCUUGAAAUCAGGGGAGAUACAUUCCGAAGAUAUGUAUGUACUGAACUUGGAUCCUCAAGGCGAACCUGAAAAGUCUUUGGAUCCUCAACCGGGUCAAAGCACUUCUAGCGAUCCUCAGCAAUUGCAUAAUAAAAAGACCAAAUUAUCUCCUGAGGAUACGAAAAUUGUAAAUCAUGAAAGCAACGAUCAGGGAAGAGAAAAUGCUGUAUUUUCAUCAACAAGUACAACAAGCAGUCAUGGGGAAGAUGAUAGUUUAAGUUAUGGAAGUAGAAGACCCCAACACCUUGAUGCUGAGGGUGAGGAGUCAUCCAUAUCGUACUGUCCACCUGAUCAAAACAAAAACAUAACUGAGAUAUUUGGGAAACUUGUGAAUAUAUAUAGAGCAUUGGGUGAUGAUCGGAGGUCCUUUAGCUAUUACAAGGCUAUUGCAGUGAUUGAGAAGUUGUCAUUUAAAAUUGAAAGUGCUGACCAGAUAAACAACCUACCAUCUAUUGGAAAAUCAAUGAAAGAUCAUAUUCAGGAGAUCAUAACUACUGGGAAGUUAUCCAAAUUGGAACACUUUGAAACAGAUGAGAAGGUGCGGACAAUAUCAUUAUUUGGAGAAGUAUGGGGCAUAGGUCCAUCCACAGCAAUGAAAUUGUAUGAGAAGGGGCAUCGUUCAUUGGAUGAUCUUAGGACUGAUGGUUCACUUACUAAUGCACAAAAGUUAGGGUUGAGAUACUUUGAUGAUAUCAGGCAACGGAUUCCACGCCAUGAGGUUCAAGAUAUGGAUAGCAUUUUACAGAAAGCUGGGGAGGAUGUUUUGCCUGGGGUUGUUAUCAUUUGUGGGGGAUCAUAUCGACGUGGGAAAGCUACCUGUGGGGACAUUGAUAUCAUUAUAACUCAUCCUGAUGGACAAAGAGUGGAAAAGCCUUGGGGUACAUGA